ACUUGGAGCUCAGAGAGGCUCUGGCCGUGGCCGCGUCAACAGGUGCUCCCUUAGACUUUUUCCCUAAUACCGUCCGACCAACCUCCUUAUCUUCGUACUACUUUUGCUGACUAAAGAAAAGAAAGAACCUCACCGCAUCGCGCUGUUGCAGUUGUUGUUAUUGUUGUUGUUUGUUGUUGCUUCCUUUCCGAGAGCGCGCGCGCGCUCUCUCACUUUUGAUUCCACCAGCGCAACGAGUGACCGGAUUUUGUUAUUCGUCGUUUGUUUCGUCAAAGAACUCGAAAAAAGAGCAAAGGAAGAAGUUAAAGAAUUGAAACGAAAAGAAGAAAGUGCCGUCCAUUUUUAUCCGAGUGACUCGAACGCUGCCAUUUGAUCAAUUGUUAUCGUUUGUUUUCAUUUGAUGAGGGCUCAUUUCGAUUGAGAAAAUGAACAUUAUUCGGCAGUGUUUUCUUAUCGAUAUAGCGACAACAUCGAUGCUCGUUGAAUCUCUAUAAAGAUUUCGUUCGUUGGCGUUGCGAUUCCGAUUCGAUUCGCUAACCGUUCAGCCGAAACCACAUCCCCUUUUUCACACACAAGUGCGACCUUUAUUAUUUUGCAUACCGCUGUGUUCGUCUGAAGUUUUGCAACUCUUCUCUACACGAUCGUCGCUACCUGAGUCUGCGCCGAUCUCGAUCGCCAAGAGUUACGACAAGGCCCAAGCGACUUUCUCCUCUCAGCUUGGCUUCUCGUUUUUUGUGCAAUUGGGCUUGGAAUUAAUUUGUUCAAAGCCGCGAGGAGCCGCAGUUGAAACGUCACCACUACCCGGCCUUUCCAGCAUUUCUCCGUCGGCCUUUUGUUUUGUUUUUCGAGGACAACCCAAGAGCAUUGUUUUCUACUUUUCCUACUGCAGCUGCCAUAUUUAACCCACUCCAACAUCUUGUUUGAAUCAUGUCUUAUACCCGCAUUUAUCUCGCCGUGGCUGUCCUCUACCUUGCCACAGUUCAACUGCCCUUCACUGCUGCCAACAAUCAAGUCCAUCAUGACAUGACGCCCGACGAAUUGCGGCGGGUUUUCCAUGUCGACUCGCAUGAUCAAGUUCCAAACUAUGAAGUCAUUAACUUGCGAUCAAGGGUAAGGCGCGACGCAGAGCGAGAUAUCCGCCAUGUCGACCUGUCCGCAUUUGGCACACGAUACAACCUACGACUGGAACGUAACGAACAGCUGCUUCGUGGCGGCAACAAGGUUCGCGUGUGGGUGGCCGAUUCGCCAUCCGCCGACCAAAUGGAUGGAAACCGAACCCAAUUUGGAGGGAUCACUCUCGAGGAGUUGCCUCAGGACGAUGAUAUCGGUACCAUCUAUCAGGAUACGGAUACGGAGGCAGCAGUGCUAGUCAACCACGACGCUGUAGACGACGCCCUCAUUCUGGAUGGAACUAUCGGGAGUGAAUUGGUCAUCCGUCCUCUGCCAGCAAAGCAUCGCCAACUGCACCAUAAAUCGGCCGGAGUUCAGCUGCAGAGCGGCUCGCACGACGACGAAAUGUUCAUGGAUGAGGAAGAUUUCCGCUCGGCCGAUUUCAUGACCCCGUCGCCACCGUCGACGUUGCCACCAGCCAACGACACUGAGAAUGCUUUAAUCCGCAAAAAGCGCUCCGUCUAUGAUUUGAAGCACAGCAUCGGUUCCCACAUUGUUUACAAGCGAGCCGCCAUCCAAUCCGAUGACGACUAUGCAUUUAUGGAAAUGGAUUUGCCCCCAACGGGGAAAUCACAGCGUAUGCCACGCCAGAAACGCAGCGCUCCACCUACUAUCUAUCCUGAAAUUCUAGUGAUCGUCGACUACGACGGUUACAGGUUACACAACGGUGAUAACGCUGAGAUCAAGAAGUAUUUCGUCUCCUUCUGGAACGGAGUUGAUUUGCGUUACAAGUUACUUAAAGGACCUAAAGUGCGCAUCAGCAUCGCAGGCAUCAUCAUCUCUAGGGGACGAGAUGCGACUCCUUAUUUCGAAAAGAACCGUGUCGGACGCAACGCCAUCGACUCAACAGCCGCCCUGACUGAUAUGGGAAAGUACCUGUUCCAAGAGAGGCGUUUACCCGUUUACGACAUUGCCGUCGCAAUAACCAAAUUGGACAUGUGUAGACGUGAAUUCGUUUCGGACGAUUGCAAUCGGGGAACUGCCGGAUUUGCCUACGUCGGAGGGGCCUGCGUCGUUAACAAACGCCUUGAGAAAGUCAACAGCGUAGCCAUCGUCGAGGACACUGGUGGAUUCUCUGGUAUCAUCGUCGCUGCCCAUGAAGUCGGCCAUUUAUUGGGCUCCGUUCAUGACGGUUCCCCGCCGCCCAGCUACUUGGGAGGACCAGGUGCGCAACGUUGCCGCUGGGAAGACGGUUACAUCAUGAGUGACUUGCGACACACUGACCGCGGCUUCAAGUGGUCCUCUUGCAGCAUUGCGCAGUUCGACCAUUUCCUCAAUGGGGAAACUGCCACCUGCCUGUUCAACAGCCCGCACGAGGACGCUGUUCUUCCCCGUGUUUUACCUGGAAAACUGCUCAGCCUUGAUGCCCAGUGUCGGAUGGAUCGUGGCACAUCUGCCUGCUUCAAAGACGAUCGUGUCUGCGCCCAGCUGUUCUGUUUUGACGCUUCGUCCGGCUAUUGCGUCUCCUACAGGCCGGCAGCAGAAGGUUCCGCUUGUGGUGACGGACAGAUUUGCAACAACGGACGUUGUAUAGUGGAAAACGAAAAUGCCAUUCCCGACUACGCCGAGGAUAUCGGUCUCAAUUCUUUCCUGAAACGAACAGAUACCAUCCUGGCGGCCACGGAACCUAAGCCGUUCUUUAGUGGAGGUCUGGCAUCAACAGCGCACGUUUUCAACCCGACAACUCCCAAAGCAACAACAACCACGUCUAAAAUCACAACUACCACUAGUAAACCAACAACAACAACUACCAAGGCGACAACAACCACGAUUAAAGCAACAACAACCACUGUGACUACAACUUCAAAGCCUUUGAUCACGACCAUUCCGUGGUGGCACACGAGUUCCAAGAGUUCGACACCAUCUACGAGAUGGUGGAAUAAUUGGACCAAACGAUCAACCCCGGCGUCGGUAGACUCGCAAUCGGCCAACACGCAACCUGCGGCGUCAUCCUUGUCUAUUGCGCCAUCCACUGUUCCAGCUACGACGAUUACUACACCUCGUCCUACACUUAGCGUAACAAGAUUCCGGCCAACGACGACCACCACCCCAACGACCACAACAGAAAAAACAACUGCACGCACAUCUCCUGCCCCUAGCCCGGUCUCUAAUAAAUUUUCCAGCUCUGGUGUCAAUGAAUUAUGUGAGGAUCGAAUAACCAAAAUCGCUGGAUCCAUGUCCUGCCAAGAUUUCUUACAGCGUUACGGUUUUCAAUACUGCCGCCAGCCUUAUAUCAUGAAAAAUUGUUGCGCAUCACAGCAACGAUACUGCCCUAACUAAAACACACACAAAAAAAAAGACCAGUGUGCUUGCGAUUACAGAAAAACAUUAUUCCAGACACGCGAAAAUCAGAAUUUAAUGUCGCUUGCGGCUCAGUGGCGGAACAGAGACAACAGACUAUACUUCGGCGUCAUUUGAUCGAUGAAGAAAAAAAAAAAAUAGAAAAAAAAAAAAAAAAGAAUUAAGAGAAAUGACGAGGUGCGUUCACGAUCUCCGAUUUACUGGAAAUUGUCGACAGAGACUGCCGCCACAUGAUAAUACCCAUUCGCAUAAUUUUCGUGCAUAAAGAUUAGUUCAAAGACCCAUUUCCGUUGUUAGAUGUGACCAAGGGUCUUUUCGUUUUCAUUAUUAUUUUUUUAAAUCCAUUAAAAUUCUGUUUAUUAUGCUCGUAAUUAAAGAAAACAAACAAAACUAAAGAAAAAAAAUUUGAAUUUAUCGCGCUGGUCUGUUCCUAAGACACGAACGUUCUUGCAAAUGUUAUAUGACUUAAGCCCUCCUAUUGGUUGGACUCACUGGUAUAUAUAACGGCUACAAAAAUCAAUGAUGCUCCCACUGGAUGGUGAUGACCAUAACGAACGAAAUGAUUGCAAACAAACCAGUCUUGCCUGUGUGAGCUCUGAAGCCUCACUGUACAGAUGUACAGACUCGUGUGCCCUUUUUUUUUUUCUUCUUCUGGUGUACAAGAUUUUGUGCCUCAUUGAUAGAUUGUUUUUGUUUUUCUUCUGCCCCCCCCUGCCCCCACGUUCUCCCCAUUCCCUAAUUACCGUGCAAGCCCCAAUUGAAAUACUAGACCAUUCGCUUGAUGUACGCGUGCCUUUGUUGAAACGAAACAAUUUUUUAUUUUAUUUUAAACCAAUUUUUUUUCUCUCUCUCUUUCUGUUGUGGAUAAUUGCGCGGUGUUUGUGAAUCGAAUGCAAACCUAUCAAGUUUGCACGGCGUGCGGUGCCUGCGUUUACCGGUUGUCUCGAAUAUUGUACAGUGGUUUUUUGAUCUAUCUUUUUCUAGAAACAAAAAUAAUGGAUGAAGGAUAUUCAAAAUA